AUGACGUUAAUGGAGCUGCAGAAUGGCCUCUGUAAAAGCAUGGAGAACAGUACGUUAAUGAGAGUGAGCAGAAUUCUAUACCAAAAUCCGAUUGUAGUUUUUGGUGGUCUAAUACAGUUUGAUGUCAUGCCGAUCACUGAUGAAGCGAGUAUGCAGAACAUGUUUCAAAUUCACCGGCAGACUCAAAUGCGACACCCACAGAUUGAGGUGUACGUUGAGUUUGAAACUGUAGAGGCAGUGGCAGUUCAGAAUGAUACAGAUAUACAUGAUGAUAGAGGUGCAGUGUACGAAGGAAUGAAUAGUGACAGUGAAGAGGACUUCGAAGCCACUUAUGAGGCCGGUGACGAAGAUGAGGAUGGUGAUGCGGGAGUUGAGGCAGCAGCAGAGAAUGUAGUGGUUCGUCCGUCGAGCAGUCAACCGAUGGACGUUCCACCUUUUAUGCGUGAGUUGAAUCUCGAGGCCAUGCAUGCCCCCGAGUUUCCAGAAUAUACAAACAUAGGCAUUACCGAUGCUGAGGACGGGGAGUUCCGGAUUGGAAUGGAAUACAGUUCUAGAAAGUCGGUCGUCGCAGCAAUUAGAAGUUUUACUAUUGCUAAAGGAGUUGACUAUGAGGUGUAUGAGUCUGAGCCACAGACGUUCUAUGCAAAAUGCAAGAUGUACAGGCGUGGAUGUGACUGGCUUAUCCGAGCUAGCUUGAUACAGAAAAAAUGUUGUUGGGAGAUACGAAGAUACAACGGUAGGCACACGUGCACGAUUGGAACGAUUUCACAAGAUCAUUCCAAGUUGGACUCAGAUACAGUUGCUGAUGCUAUAAGGCCAUUGGUCGAGACGGACCCGUCCAUCAAGGUGAAAUCUAUAAUUGCGGAAGUCCAGUCAAGGUUCAACUAUACCAUCAGUUACCGAAAGGCUUGGUUGGCAAAGCAGAAGUCCAUAGCCAACGUUUUCAGUGGUUGGGAGGAUUCUUACCAAGCCUUGCCAUGGUGGCUCUCGAUCAUGGUGCAGAAGAUGCCUCGUUCAGUUGACGGCACACACCUAUACAAAAAAUACAAAGGUACACUUCUAGUCGAUGUUGCACAAGAUGGGAACCAGAACAUUGUGCCUAUCGCCUUUGCCUUGGUAGAAGGGGAGACAGCUGAUGUGUGGCACUUCUUUCUCAGAAAUCUGCGAAUGUAUGUUGUUAGAAAAGAUGGCGUGGGUAUGAUCUCAGACCGACAUGAGUCAAUACGGGCAGCAGUAAAUCGUUCCGGUGGCGACUGGCAACCUCCAAGAGCAUGGUGGAUGUUUUGUAUAAGACACAUCGGCAGUAACUUCUUAAGGGCAUUCAAAGUCCCCCACUUGCAAAAGCUUGUUGUCAACAUAGGGUAUUCAAGAAUGGUGGAGGAGUACAAUAUCAACUAUAAGAGGUUGGAAGAGCGAGGCGAGGCAUAUGCCAGGUGGUGCGAUGCCAUUGGACGCAGACAUUGGGUAUUGGCAUUCAACGAGGGACAUCGAUGGGGCCAUAUGACAACGAACCUUGUCGAGUGCAUUAACUCAGUGUUGAAGGGUGCCCGUAAUAUACCUGUGUUGGCGCUGGUCCGAGCAACAUAUUAUAGGUUAAAUGAACUUUUUAUGCGGAAGAGUGCUCAGACUCACGAACGCAAGCGUGCUGGAUAUACGUACUCCGUAUUUGUGCAACAGUGGAUAGAAGUUGAACGAAUACCAUGUCGCCAUGUUAUUGCUUGCUGUGCUAACCAACGUCUCGAUUGGCAGUUGUAUGUGCAUGAUGUGUAUAAGAUGACAGAGGUUCGUGAAGUAUAUAGGUUUGAGUUCACACCAUUAGGUGAUCCCGAUACAUGGCCUGCUUAUGAGGGACCCACAUUGGUUGCUAAUCCAAGGCUGAGGCGAACGUCUAAAGGCAGGCCCAAACUGACCCGAUACUUGAAUGAAAUGGACUCACGCGACAUACGUGGUCCUCAGAUAUGCCGUCUCUGUGGUGCUCAGGGUCAUAGUCGGAGUAGGUGUCCUCAGCGUACUGGACCGAGUGGUGCUGGUUCGUAG